AUGAAGGAGAUCGCGUCGAGGAACUCAAAGCGUAAGGCUGAAGCGACGCCGUUCGCCGUGAAGAAGCUUCAAUCAAUACAACAUUCAAGCCGGAAGCGAGCUCUGAUCUCUCCACUAUCCGCUGCUUCAGUCGAUUCCUGCUCUAAUCUGCUUUCCGCAGUCGACGACGACGUUUCAUGCGGUUCUAGCAGAGUCGAGAAGAGCUCGAAGAUUCGAAGUGAAGAGGAAGUAGUGUCUGCACGUGGCAAAGACGUGAUCGCUGAUUCUAAAUUUCGGAGGAUCACGAGAUCAUACUCUAAGCUAACCAAGGAGAAGGAAGGAGAUAAAAUCGAAGUAAGCGAAACGUCCUUCACACGAUCCGACGUGAGUCACGUGACCUUUGCCGAGAAUAAAGAGAGCGACGUCGUUUCAUUAAUAUCGGGAGUGGACUCUUGCUCCAAGUUCGGGAGCGUAACUGGAGGAGGAGACGAUAACGAACAAACUGAAAUCUCCAAACCGAAGCUGGAGAUUGAGACAAUCGGAUGCGUCUCUGAUCUCGCUUGCACGGAGACGUUCAGAGACGAAGAGGUUUCGGAUUCUCACGAGGAUGAGUCAUCGGAGAUAUUUUCGCAGUACUCCGACGACGUCGUUUCAUCGGAUUACACUCCGUCGAUAUUUUUCGAUUCCGGAAGUGAAUUCUCUGAGAAAUCUUGCUCUGAUUCUCCCGUUUCGCAUACUCGCUCUCUCUACCUCCAGCUCGUGGCACAGUUCUGUAGAUCCACGAUCCCGAACGAUUUCGAAUCUUCUCACCAGGAUCAAAGCCGUGAGGCUCAAUCUGAACUUAUGAGGUUUGAGGAUGAAGAGGUGGAAGAGAGCUAUCAAAGGCUGAGGGAAAGAGAGAAAAGUCAUGCGUAUCUGCGUGACUGUGCUAAGGCUUACUCCUCCAGGAUGGAUCAUACUGAUUUCAUCCCUCGUCUGCGCUUGAUCAUGGUUCAAUGGAUUGUGGAGCAAUGUUCUGAAAUGGAGCUUCAGCCGGAGACGAUGUUUCUAGGAGUUAGUCUGUUGGAUCGUUUCCUGAGCAAAGGAUCCUUCAACAGCGAGAGGACUCUAGUACUAGUCGGGAUUGCGAGUCUUACUCUGGCCACCAGAAUUGAAGAAAACCAACUUUACAAUAGCAUUCGGAAAAGGUACUUCUACAUUCAGAACCUGAAGUAUAGCCGGCAUGAAGUGGUGGCAAUGGAGUGGCUUGUUCAGGAAGUUCUCAACUUCAAAUGCUUCUCACCCACAAUCUUUAACUUCUUAUGGUUUUACCUAAAAGUUGCACGAGCCAAUCCAGAAGUUGAAAAGAAAGCCAGAUCCUUGGCCGUUAGCUCACUAUCAGAUCACACUCAACUCUGUUUUUGGCCCUCAACUGUUGCAGCCGGGCUCGUGAUUCUCGCCUGCAUUGAACACAACAAGAUCUCAGCCUACCAACGAGUCAUAAAGGUUCAUGUUAGAACAAAAGAUAACGACCUGCCUGAAUGCGUCAAGAGCCUGGAAUGGUUGCUUGACCAGUAAGCAAUCCACAAGAAGAAAUACCUCAAAACCAGAACACAGUAUACAUCAAGUAACUCACAGGUUAUUAUUACCAUUUAAGAAAUAUAACUAUAUAAGGUAUAUAAACAGAUAUAUGUAGUACUUAAUCUCUGAACUUAAUUAGCUCUUGUCUUGGUAUUUACUAAUACCAAUCAUUAAGCCACCAUUUGUGUCGCCACACCCAUUCAUUGCUUAUUUUCCUCUAUAG